CCCCGGGCCUGGUCACCGCCGGCCGCAGGGGGCGGCCAUUUUGCCGAGGAGCGGAGCCGGCGGCCCCUCCUGCUGGCGGCGGCGGCGGCCACAGCGGCUUUGCGGCGGGAACGGCUACUGCGGCUGCGCUGGGCUGGGCCGGGCAGGGCUGGGCAAGGAGCGCGGAAGGCGCCUGUGGUCGCCGCCGCCGCCGGGAGGAUGUUUUCCUUCUCGACCGUGCAGCCGCAGGCUACUGUUCCUCUGAGUCACCUCAUCAGUGCCUUUCAUUCACCAAAAAGCUCCGCUACUACUACCAACACAGCAUCCAUACAACCUGUCCAGAGGGACACCUCCCCAGAGCAUGAUCUGCAAAAGAGUGAGACUGGACUUAAUUUAAGAGAUCUGGGGUUGUCUGAUUUGAAAGCUAACCAAUUCAAAGAAUUGGUGAACAGAUUGCUUCCUGGCUACUGUGCAGAAAACAAAGUCUCUUCACCAUGGCAUACAUCAUACAUCUCUGCUGAGUCCUUCUUUGAAAAUAAGCAUGGUUUUGUGGACGUUUUUGGUGCUUUACGCUCAUCUUGUUUGUACAGACAGCAUCCUAACCCCCUCCAAAAUUUGUGUUCAGGGGUUCACUGUUGGCCAGUUUACAUACAGUCACGGACCUUUAAGACCUUGAGAUCAAGAACAAGACGUCUGCAGUCAACAUCUGAGCAAUUCACAGAAACAAAAGGUUCACUUUCUUCACUUUUGAAGGGCUUCGUCCUGAGAAAGCGAAGAAUUGAUGUUGAAAACUUAGAUACACUAAUGAAAACAAAGAACAUCCCAGAGGCACACCAGGAUGCUUUUAAAACUGGUUUUGCAGAAGGCUUUUUGAAAGCACAGGUAUUCCUGCAAAAAACACUUGAUUCCUUAAGAAGAUCACGUUUGCUUUCUUUCUUUCUCUUUGUUCUUUGUUUUUAUCUUGCUAUAUAUUCAUCGUUUUUACCUGGGAAAGGUUCCUUUUCUGAUGCUGUACGCUUUCGAACAUCGAGUAUCUUUGAUGCAGCAGUUGAUCCAAUCCAGUUGAAAAAUGUCACCUUCGAACAUGUAAAAGGGGUUGAAGAAGCUAAACAAGAAUUGCAAGAAGUUGUGGAGUUCCUGAAAAACCCUCAUAAGUUUACUGUACUAGGAGGGAAACUUCCAAAAGGUAUUCUGUUAGUUGGACCACCUGGUACUGGUAAAACUCUUCUCGCAAGAGCUGUAGCUGGUGAAGCUGAUGUUCCAUUUUAUUAUGCAUCUGGAUCAGAGUUUGAUGAGAUGUUUGUUGGUGUAGGAGCCAGUCGCAUCCGAAGCCUGUUCAGGGAAGCAAAAGCAAAUGCACCAUGUGUUAUAUUUAUUGAUGAGUUGGACUCUGUUGGUGGGAAGAGAAUUGAAUCCCCAAUGCAUCCCUAUUCAAGACAGACCAUUAAUCAACUUCUUGCUGAAAUGGAUGGCUUUAAACCUAAUGAAGGUGUUGUCAUUAUUGGUGCAACAAACUUCCCUGAAGCAUUGGAUAAUGCUUUAAUACGUCCUGGACGCUUUGAUAUGCAAGUUACUGUUCCCAAGCCUGAUGUAAGAGGUCGUACAGAAAUUCUGAAGUGGUACCUCAAUAAAAUAAAGUAUGAUCCAUCUGUGGACCCAGAAAUAAUCGCACGAGGCACAGUAGGAUUUUCUGGAGCAGAGCUUGAGAAUCUUGUAAAUCAAGCUGCCUUAAAGGCAGCUGUUGAUGGAAAAGAUAUGGUAACCAUGAAAGAACUAGAAUUCUCCAAGGACAAAAUUCUAAUGGGACCUGAACGCAGAAGUGUAGAAAUUGAUGAGAAAAACAAAACCAUCACAGCAUACCAUGAGUCUGGACAUGCUAUCAUUGCCUACUACACAAAGGAUGCGAUGCCCAUCAACAAAGCUACAAUCAUGACACGAGGAACCACACUUGGACACGUAUCUUUGCUCCCAGAAAAUGACAGAUGGAGUGAAACUAGAUCCCAGUUGCUUGCACAAAUGGAUGUCUGCAUGGGAGGAAGAGUAGCAGAAGAGCUCAUAUUUGGAAGUGAUCACAUCACAACAGGUGCUUCCAGUGAUUUUGACAAUGCUACUAAAAUUGCAAAACUGAUGGUGACUAGAUUUGGAAUGAGUGAAAAGCUUGGUGUUAUGACCUAUACUGAUACAGGGAAAGUUAGCCCUGAAACUCAGUCUGCCAUUGAACAGGAAGUAAGAACUCUUCUACGGGACUCAUAUGAGCGAGCAAAGAACAUCCUGAAGACCCAUGCGAAAGAACACAAGAAUUUAGCAGAAGCUUUAUUGAAAUAUGAGACUUUGGAUGCCAAAGAAAUCCAAAUUGUUCUAGAGGGAAAAAAACUAGAAGUAAGAUGAUAGCUUCUGUGAUACAGUAACGGCUAAUUUGAGGAAUGUACAUCUUAGCAAUGUUUGAAGAAUGUACCUCUAGCAAUGCAGUAGUCUUACACAGCAUAGCCUUUUUUCUCUUCCUGAUGUGUGUAUGGCAUUAGUGACACUUUAAUAUUAUUCUGUCUCUUGUGAGCUUCUGUUAUUCAUCUGUUUGUUGUGUCACCGGACACACAAAAUAAAGCAAGUUCCCCCAUCCUCUGCUCCCUGUACUUGUCCCACAAGAAGUUAGUCAGAAGGAUAAAUCUCAGGGUCAAAUUCAGUGUUUUGGUUCAGUCAAAUGUGGUGAAGCUGAGAAGAAAAACACGCAGAUGUACUGGUGUGUUUGGCGUAGCUUCCUGGGUUGUGCCACCACGUGUGUGUGAAGUGAAACCCCACAGUAUGUGCUAUGGAAUGUUGUAUGGAUUUGUGAAGCAGUAGUAUGUAGUUAACUAAUGCUCAUACUCUGAGGCUGGAGAACUUUUAAAGAACAAUUCGCAUUUAGAAAGGUGACAAAACACCUCUAAGAAUGAAGCGUCUACACAGUGCAUCUCUGAUUUUAAAGGGAGUUGUGGGAGCUCCACGUUAGACAAAAACAUCACGAUUGUGUUCUCAGUGCACUUGGGGUUCAAGUACACACAUGUAUGUGUGGGAGAGCAAUUUUAAAGCAACCCCAGCUGGCUGUACAUGUCUAAGCCUCUGUGGACCAUGCUUUGGGCAGAACCAUGACAGGGAUAAGAGAAGUACCUGUGACCUCUGAUGUGCUGCUGGCAAGAGUUUUUUAAACUACUGCAUUAGAGGGACGACACUGCUUUGAUGACAGUGCUUUUACACUGCUGGAGAUUGUACAGAACCAGUUUCUGCUAAUCCUAUGUAUGGGCCUUUGAUAAUCCAACAGGUAAUUUCUUUAGAGAGGGCAGCAUUGCUCACUAGAGAGUAGUUCAGAAUACGUUUGAAGCAUGUGGGGUUUUUCCCAAAUAACAUUCCCAGUUCUGUUCUACAGUAGAAGCAGGGAAAUAAACCCUUUUCUUUCAACACUUACAUGAGCCUCUGGAAAUUCUAAAAUAGUAAGAAAAAGGUUUUGGAAACAGAAGUAGCUUCCAAUCAAGUGGGAGUGAUUGCUAGCAAUUAUAUACCAGAAUUCUGAUCUCAUGGAACUGUUUUUUAGGAAUAACACACCUUGAUUGUAAUACUUCUGCACAAUUCAUGGCAAAAUCUUGGGACUAUAAACUUCCAUUGCAGAGAGGGCCUUUAUUUAAUGUUGAAGGUUACCAUUUUUGGAGAUGAAAGUAGUUGGGCUGGUGCCAAUAAAUGUGAAUGGAAACUGGUAGCUACACUUAAAACUAGAAGUAAUGUAGUAUUUUAGAAUUUUCUGAGUGUAAUGCUUGAUUAUAACUUAGUUUCUUAGUAAAAGCACAUGCAGGUUUUUCUUCUUGUUCUUUCAAAACCAGUAUAACUUUCUGUUUGCCUGUUUUUGUCAGCUUACUAUAGUGACAUCCCAGUGCAGUGUGGGAGAACUCCCAAAUGUUAUCAACCAGUAUACCAAAUGUCUAGGCUGAUUAGUUAUAAUCGUACAUGCAUUUUAGGACUAGGCCAACAGAAACAAAUAUAUUGCAUAUUUGACAUCCAUUUUUGGAGUAAUAAAAGUUAAUUUUAAUUAUGCAUAUUGGUUUUCUUUUUAUUCACUGUAAAUUGCUAUACAAUGUAAUACCAGCUUCCCUACUAUGUAAAUUGAGGUGUAAAAAGCAUUGAAACUUGUAAAUAAAUUGAAGAAUGAUGGCAAA